AAAAAAAUAAAUAAAGAAAAGAAAAAAAGACAGGUGGAGGGAGAGAUGAACGGCUAAACCCUAAUUGAGAGGGAAGUGGCACCACCAAGAGAGCCAAAGCCAAGUACUCUCUGCUCUUAAAACCCUAACGUAUCUGCGAUAAACCCUCGCGCCUUUGCUAAAAUAGCUGCCUUUAUAUAACUUAGCCGCCACUUUAAUUCUCGAAAGUCAUGUUCUUUCACUUUUCUUCGCUGGUUCUUCUUCGCGCUCUCUCUUCUUGCCAUGGUUGGAUUUCCCGCUAAUCAAGCAAAAACCGUUGAAGAAGAGCUACCUUUGCAAGUCGUAGCCGAUCAAGACCCCAAGGUAAAAACUUUCAAGGACUCUUUUGAUUUCCCUUCCAUCGAUUCCUUUCCGGAUUUCGAUUCUAUCACUUGGUCUGAGAGUAAUCGGAACGUUGAGGAUUUUAGCAUAGAAGAUACGGACUUUGAUUUCUUUGAGUACCACAUGGAGAUACCUCAAGAAGAUGUUGUUACUGUUAGCGAUGUAAUGUGUCCGGAGAAUCAGACUACUGUUAAUUCUGAGUCGAUUGAGGGAAAGCUUGAGGUCUUUAAUGAUGACAUGUCUGGGGAAGUUGGUGUGAGUUCGGUUAGGUCUGAGUCGAUGGUUGAAGUAAAGCCUGUGCUUUGUGAUGUCAUGUCUGAGGAAGUUGGAGUGAGCUCGGUUGAGGUAGAGCCCAAUGUUUGUGUUGAGAUGUCUGCAAACGGUGGGGAUGAACCAGCAGUAAAAGAUUCAGAACCGGUUGUUUCUGAAAACUCGAGGUCAAUGGAAGGUGAGACUGAGCCAGUUGUUGUGUCUGAUGCGUCUGUUGCUUGUCCCACCAUGGAUUUGGAUGAAUCAGGGUUGAAGAAAACUGAUGAGGGUUUGGCUUGUUCUAUUGAAGUAGGGUUGGAGAAGGUAAGUUUGGCCGUGGAUGAUGAUGAGAAGAGUGAUGAGGCUAAGGGGGAAAUGGAUUCUGCUGAGUCUGAGAGCGAAACCUCGAGCUCUUCUGCAAGCAGUAGUGAUAGUAGUAGCAGUGAAGAAGAGGAGAGUGAUGAGGACGAGAGCGACAAAGAGGAAAAUAAGAAGGAAGAAAAGUUUGAACACAUGGUUGUGGGGAAAGAGGAUGAUCUAGCAGGGGAACUUGAAGAGGGUGAGAUAGAGAAUUUAGAUGAGGAGAAUGGGGAUGACGAUAUUGAGGAUGAGGAUGAUGAUGAUGAUGAUGAUGAUGAUGACGAUGAUGAUGUGAAUGAGAUGGUUGCUUGGAGCAAUGAUGAGGAUGAUGACCUUGGUUUGCAAACAAAAGAACCUAUCAGGUCAAAGAAUGAGCUCAAGGAGCUUCCUCCAGUUCCUCCUGUGGAUGUCACUCUGGAACCACACCAUGCCACACUUCCUGUUGGAGUUGUUCUUUCGGUAAUGAGCGCACAAGUAAUAGUUGAGGGAAUGGAAAAGCAUAGUCCUUUGACUGAAGGUUCUAUCCUUUGGAUAACUGAAAAAAGAACGCCAUUGGGACUGGUGGAUGAGAUCUUUGGACCCGUGAAGUGCCCUUAUUAUAUUGUGAGGUUCAAUUCAGAGAGUGAAGUGCCAGAAGGGGUUUGUCAAGGGACACCUGUCUCAUUUGUCGCCGAUUUCGCUCAACAUAUUCUCAAUAUCAAGGAACUGCAGAAGAAAGGUUACGAUGCAUCUGGGGAUAACGACGAGGAGAUACCAGACGAGCUAGAGUUCUCAGAUGAUGAAAAAGAAGCCGAAUACAGAAGAAUGCAGAAGUUGGAAAAGAGAGGAAUGAUGAGUGACCAGAAAACCGGUAACACCAGGAACAAGAAGAAGAAAAACCGAGAUCCCGGAAGGCCUACAAGCAGUUACUCAGGGGAAUGGACGAAGAACCAGGGAUCUAGUUCUCUAUCGUCAAACCGUUCUGAUCCUCAAAUGGGUGGUCCGCGUCCUCAAAUGGACGGUUUUCCUCCAAACAAUGCAGCAUGGAGACCCCAGAGUAAUCAGCAGAACCCAUAUCAGCUUCCUCCUAUACCUAAUCAGAUGGGAAUGCAGAUACCUUUCAUGGCAAUGCAAAAUCAAAAUCAAAUGAUGUUCCAACCGCAGUUCAAUGGUGGCCAGAUGCCAAUGCCAGGUGGACCGGGAGGCUUAAACUUCUUUCCAGGACAGGCUUCAGCGCCAUGGCCUGCAAUGGUAGGUCAGAAUUGUUUCAACCAACAGUUUGGGAUGGGUCGUGGUAUUCAGCAGCAGCCAUUACCAAAUGAGCUGAGUUUUAAUAUGUUUUCUCAAGGUCUUCAAAUGCACCCACCACAGUCCCAAAUGCACCGGCCACAGUCUCAAAUGAAUCCACAGUUCCAAAUGCCACCACAGUUCCAGCCCCACCAGCAAUCUCCAAUGAACCCGCAGUACCAAAUGAUGCACCGACCACAGUCUCCAGCGAACCCGCAGUUCCAAAUGCAAGCACAAUCUGAUGUGCGACCACUACAGUCACAAAUCCCGCAGUCACCAAGUGAUUUGCAGUCCCCAAUGGAACCACAAUCUCAAGGGUUUAGCAGCGGGCAGUCUUCUGAACGGGGAAGGGGCUUCCAUGGUCGUGGUAGAGGUAGAGGGCGGGGUCGCUUCGGACGUGGGCGAGGUAGAGGCCGGCAACAGUCUGGAUGAAACUUUUUUUGGAAGCAUACUAAACUGCUAAUGUGUGUCAUAGCCAGGCUAUAUUUAGUUUUGUAUGCCAGUUUUUGUAUGAUUAUGAUCUUUUUUUUUUUACACAUUCUCUAUAACAGUAAAACGAACUUUGAUUUCUCUGUUGUUCCUUCUCCUUGUACCACCAAAGUCAAACUGGCUAUAGAGUAGAAUAGACUAUACUCACUAGCAGUGAAUUAGGCAGCAACAUAAGAACAGUGUUUUUUUUUUCUCGC